GGAGAGCGAGAGAGGGGGGUGUGGAACGUAUUUCCGCUCUGGCGGACAAAUAAUACCGGCCAAAGGGGAGGCCAGGCCAUCCGGCCCUUUAACCGUGUCGGGGGGGCUGGCGAAGAAAGGGGGGUCGGGAAAGGGGGAAUCCUGCUCCUUUAAUUCCCUCCCCUCUUCCUCCUCCCCGAGUUCUCGCCGACGCCGAGGCGCGCGGGGCCUGGAACACACUGCACGAGCCGCCCCCGCCCCUCCUUCCUUACGCCCACGCGGAGCUGGCCCCGCGCGCGCGCCUCGUGCACCCCCGCGCCUGCGCGCUGCCCAGGCCCUGCCCGUGUUUGGGGGCGCUGCCGACCCCGGGGGGGGUGGGGAAGAUUGGGGGGGAAAAAACAGCGCGCGGAACCGGGCCAGGGUUGCCCACCCCCGCCACAAUGGCCUCUGGGGUGGAAGUCCUGCGCUUCCAGCUGCCCGGCCACGAGGCCGCUACCCUGCGGAAUAUGAACCAGCUCCGCGCAGAGGAGCGGUUUUGCGACGUGACCAUUGUGGCCGACAGCCUCAAGUUCCGUGGCCACAAGGUCAUCCUGGCCGCCUGCUCGCCUUUCCUGAGGGACCAGUUCCUGCUGAACCCCAGUUCUGAGCUGCAGGUUUCCCUGAUGCACAGUGCACGCAUCGUGGCCGACCUGCUCCUCUCCUGUUACACGGGCGCUCUGGAAUUCGCUGUCAGGGACAUCGUCAACUACCUGACGGCUGCCUCCUACCUGCAGAUGGAGCACGUGGUGGAGAAAUGCAGGAACGCCCUCAGCCAGUUCAUUGAGCCCAAAAUAGGCCUCAAAGAGGAUGGGGUCAGCGAUGCCAGCCUUGUGAGCAGUGUCAGUGCCACCAAAUCCCUCCUCCCUCCCGCCAGGACCCCAAAGCCAGCCCCCAAGCCCCCACCCCCACCCCCUCUACCCCCUCCACUCCUACGGCCGGUGAAACUGGAGUUUCCUCUGGAUGAGGACCUGGAGCUGAAGGCCGAGGAAGAAGAUGAAGACGAGGACGAGGACGUGUCUGACAUCUGCAUCGUCAAGGUGGAGUCGGCCCUGGAGGUGGCACACCGGCUCAAACCUCCCGGAAGUUUGGGAGGAGGUCUGAGCAUCGGAGGCUCCGUGGGCGGCCACCUGGGAGAGCUGGCCCAGAGCAGCGUGCCCCCCAGCACUGUGGCCCCACCGCAGGGGGUCGUGAAAGCCUGCUAUAGCCUGUCUGAGGACGCAGAAGGGGAGGGCUUGCUGUUGAUCCCCGGAGGCCGGGCCAGCGUGGGGGCCACCUCGGGCCUGGUGGAGGCAGCAGCGGUGGCCAUGGCUGCCCGGGGGGCGGGGGGCAGCCUGGGGGCAGGGGGCAGCCGGGGACCCCUGCCGGGGGGCUUUUCCAGUGGAAACCCCCUAAAGAACAUCAAGUGCACCAAGUGCCCGGAAGUGUUCCAGGGCGUGGAGAAGCUGGUGUUCCACAUGCGGGCACAGCACUUCAUCUUCAUGUGCCCACGCUGCGGCAAGCAGUUCAACCACAGCAGCAACCUCAACCGCCACAUGAACGUGCACCGCGGCGUCAAGUCGCACUCAUGUGGCAUCUGCGGCAAGUGCUUCACGCAGAAGUCCACGCUGCACGACCACCUCAAUCUCCACUCGGGAGCGAGGCCCUAUCGCUGCUCCUACUGCGACGUGCGCUUCGCUCACAAGCCUGCCAUUAGGCGGCACCUCAAGGAGCAACAUGGCAAGACCACAGCGGAGAACGUGCUGGAGGCCAGCGUGGCCGAGAUCAACGUCCUCAUCCGCUAGCGGGGCAGUCUCGGAGGCCAGGAGGCGGGCGUCCCUGGGCUGAGUGGGAAGGGAGCUAGUAGCCCAGGAGAAUAGGGCGGGUGGGAGGGUCGGGAACAGGCAGGUACCGGGAACAUGAGCAGAUACAUCCUGAGGGAGGGGCUGAAGAUUCCUUGCAGAGAAGACCCCUGCCUUUUCAGGGAAAAAAAAAAAAAGAAAAGUAAUGGAGAGGGAGAGGAUUCUUGAGAAGGCCAAGAGAAUAUGGGCUCCCAGAGAAAAAUUUUCUUCUCUUAGAGGUGCAUAGAAAUGUGGAGGGAGGGAACGGGUCUUAUAGAAUGAGAAGAAAAAAAGGAAAAUGAUUUAUUCCUGGUUAAGGCUGCCCAGGGUGAGGUUCUGAUAUUUCUUAAGGUGGGGGGUGGGUGGGUGGGAGUUGGGAGGGAAUUUGGCAGGAGGCAGCUUACAUGCUCCUGCAUAGAAUAGAUCCUUGGAAGAGGGAGUGGUGGGGGAAAGGAUUAUUGAAUCCCAGAAAAGGAAGUGGGGAGACAGUUCUUGCAUGCUGGGGGAAUGGGACUGUGGGUAAAGGCUCACCGGAACUCUAGGGAGAACCAUGUCAGGUGCCAGGUAAGAGAACUUGGGGGUGAGCAUCCUGGGUAGAUAUGAAAAAGUGGGGGACGAUAGCAAGAAGGAUGAAUAGUGGUGGGGGUGGGGGGGUAGGGCACUUAGAUGAGAGGAUACAAGGAGGGCUGUUGGGUGGGAGGGAGAGGAGUAGAGACUUAUACAGUAUUUUUUAAGAAAAAACGUAUUUUUUAGGAUUUUUUCUGGAGUUUGGGGUUUUAGUUUUUCUGCUUUUGUUUUCCACAAAAUAAAUAAUUAAAAAAAGAAACCCACACACUUUCUUUCCUUUAUACUCUGUCUGGCAACUGCAUGUGUAUGACUAUCCCACUCUAGACAACCUCUCUUUAUGCCAUUUGUUCAAUACUCAGCACAGCUCAUACAGGACCCAUGCCUGAAGGAGACUUGACAAGAGCAGGAGAUUGUGACAAGUGGGUUUCUCUGGCUGGGAACCCUCCCAGUUCUGCAACCUCAGCAUCUGGCAGGUAUCUCAUACUUAUGUUCCAUGAUUGGCGGUGGUGGUAACACACAACUUCCCCCUCUAUUACAAGAGUUUGGUAUCAGCCCUGGGGACGAGCUAUAAAGGUGAUCACUAUGCCCACCAAAAUUGUAAGCAGGAGGCUAUUUUGGGGCAUUUAUAUUCUGAGGAAAGGUUUCAUGUCCUCCGGAAAGUUUAAAAAAAAAAAAAAAAAAAAAAGCAAAAACACUAUUUUUGAGUUAGGGUAUGGAGAAGACUACAAGUCCCACAAAGCUCUGGAAUACUUCUUAACCAAAGAGAACUACAGUUCCCAGAAGGCCUUGAAGUGGCCUCAGGUGCCCCAUACCCCAACUAAGGGCUUCUAUCAAAUACUGCGUAUGAAAUCAUACAGGGUUUCUCCAAACUUUGACCAGAAUGUAAUCCGUAAAGGGAUGGUAUCCUAAGUAAUGCUAUCAAGGUUGUAUAUCUUUGUGUAAUAUUAUUCAUACUUACACUGUUAACUGGGCUUAUACCCCACUUAGUUCCUGACUAUGCUUGUGAGGUGUUUGGCACACACACAAAAAAAAAAAAAAAAAAGAAAGAAAGAAAAAAAGGUUAGUAGUGUCACUAGGCAGUAAUAACUCUAGGGCCUCUGGGGGCUUACUUGGAUCCCUAGUGCCUGUGGUGACGUAACAGGUCCGGCGUAAACAGAAAAUACUUUAGCCCCAGGUUUUCAAAAGAGGACGCCGAUCCAGAAGACAUGAAGCACCAAGGUAGAAACAGUCGGGAGUAAAGGUGUCCUCCGCGCGUUCCCACUGGCCCCUUCCUACUCGUUAGUGAAGCCAGGCCAAAACUGAGCCUGAAACAUCUGGCGACCCAGAAACCAGAAAACACCCAGAGGCGGGAGAAACAUAACAUGGGCCAGAUUGGAAAGACAGCCGCUGCCGAGAGCAGUGAGGGUCAGACGACACUCCCUUCGUUACCUACAAACUGGCGGGGGACGGAGAAGCCACACCUGAACCCAGGCGUGCCUCACCUUCGGCUCCCCGCUGAGCUGACGCCAGGAUUAGCAGGAAUUCUCCCCUGCAGCCCCCAGCUUAGAACAGCCACUGCCAUUCCCGAAGCCGCUCUCGAGGGGAAAAUGGCCAGAAAGCGCGCAGAGGCUCCUU